AUGAGCUCCGCACCAGACGUAAUCAUGGGUCAGGCUGAGUCAUUAAUCUCAAUGACAGACUUGUUUGUCCUGUCCCUGGCCGGAGGGUUCGCAAUGUACUGGUUUGUGUUUCGCAACAAAAAACAGGAGACACCAAAUUUCAAGAAACUCACUGUUGCACCAGUGUUAGAAAGAUCUACAUCCAGUGAUGCAUCCUUUAUAACUAAAAUGAAAAAUACAGGCCGAAACGUUGUGGUAUUUUAUGGGUCACAGACAGGGACUGCGGAAGAGUUUGCCACACGUCUGGCAAAGGAUGCUGCCAGGUACGGGAUGAAGGGCAUGGUUGCUGACCCUGAGGAAUGUGACAUGGAAGACUUGACCAAACUGACAGAAAUAGAGAACAGCCUAGCUAUAUUCUGCAUGGCCACGUAUGGAGAGGGUGACCCAACAGAUAAUGCUCAAGAGUUCCAGGAGUUUUUAACCAAUGGGAAUGGAGAUUUCACUGGAAUUAAGUUUGCUGUGUUUGGACUCGGCAACAAAACAUACGAGCACUACAACUCCAUGGGUAUCUUUGUGGACAAGAGGCUGGAAGAGCUGGGAGGAGAGAGAGUAUUUGAACUGGGACUUGGGGACGAUGAUGCCAAUAUUGAAGAAGACUUUGUCACCUGGAGGGAAAAGUUCUGGCCAGCUGUGUGUGCCAACUUUGGCGUUGAGGCUACAGGAGAAAAUGUCAACACAAGACAGUAUGCUUUAACACCACUUGCUGACGAUUUCCCCAAGGAAAAGAUAUUUACAGGAGAGGUAGCCAGAGUUGGGUCUUUUGCUAAUCAAAAACCGCCAUAUGAUGUCAAGAACCCCUACCUGGCAUCAGUGACAGUGAACCGAGAGCUCCACAAGGGAGGUGAUCGCUCCUGCAUGCAUAUAGAAUUGGAUAUCUCAGAGUCGAAGAUUAGGGUGGGAUCUCCAUAUGACCACAUGGCUUUUAGGGUCUUCCAUGACUCUGGAAUUUAUGACGCAAGCAAAAAGCACCCAUUCCCGUGUCCAUGCACCUACAGAACUGCCCUAACACACUACGUGGACAUCACCCAGCCACCCCGCACCCAUGUCCUGGGAGAGUUGGCAGAGUACACAGACAAUCCACAGGACAAAGAGUUUCUUCAGAAGAUGACCCAGGCAACAGACGAGGGCAAGAAACUCUACAAUGACUGGAUUCACACUGACCACAGGGACAUCCUGGCCAUCCUAGAGGACAUCCCGUCUCUAAAGCCUCCCAUUGACCAUUUGUGUGAGUUGUUGCCACGGUUACAGCCACGGUUCUACUCAAUCUCAUCCUCCCCCAAG